AUAGUAACGCUUUAGGCAGCGGGACGCGAUUGUGGUGCCCAAAAACUGUUCACUAGGUUCUUCUGAGCCAACAGCUUAGUGGGGUGUGAUGUGUGUUUGGGAUUUCACUGACUGAGGCGGGGAGUUAUUUGGACCAAUGCACUUCAGCUUUACUGCCGAGUCCAUCAGCUGAACAACAGCAGCUUAUCCAGAAUUUUGGAGCUGUGGUAUCAAGAUGGAUGGUGACAAUGAAGCCAAAGUUUUAAGGCAGUCGUGCAUUCCAUACUUUAACUUUUGUGGAAAGAAAACUAUUGAAUAGUGAAAAGAAUUGAAUAUUGAAUAUAAAAAGCAAGGUGAGUGACCAGGCGAUGCAGAACCCACAGGUAUUGGCUGCUCUUCAGGAAAAAGUCGACAGUGUCUCACAUAGUGCUUCAGUCAUGGAGAGCUUACCCAAGUCUGUGAAAAGAAGAGUCCAUGCCUUAAAGAACCUUCAGGUUAACAGCAUGCACAUUGAAGCCAAGUUUUAUAAGGAGGUGCAUGAGCUGGAGCGGAAGUAUGCCGCUCUUUAUCAGCCGUUAUUUGACAAAAGAAAAGACAUUGUCUCUGGAAAAGUGGAACCAACUGAUGAGGAGUGCGAAUGGCAGAGUGAACAUGAGGAUGAAGAAGCAUUAGCAGAAGAUUUGAAGAAGAAAGCUGCUAUAGAGGAAAAGACAAAGGAUGCUAAUGAGGAGACACCCAAGGGAGUUCCAGAGUUCUGGCUCACCAUAUUCAGAAGUGUGGACAUGUUGAGUGAUAUGCUGCAGGAACAUGAUGAGCCAAUACUUAAACAUUUACAAGAUAUUAAAAUGAUAUUUUCUGGUCCAGAUCAGCCCAUGAGUUUCACAUUAGAGUUUCAUUUUGAACCCAAUGAAUACUUCACCAACACAGUCCUCACAAAAGUAUACAAGAUGAAGUCAGAGCCAGAUGCAGAGGAUCCAUUUUCAUUCGAGGGACCUGAAAUCAUUGACUGUGAAGGGUGUGAAAUUGAUUGGCACAAAGGCAAAGAUGUGACCGUCAAAAUGAUCAAGAAGAAGCAAAAGCACAAAGGCAGGGGGACAGCGAGGGUAGUCACCAAACAAGUGCCCAAUGACUCCUUUUUCAACUUUUUCAACCCUAUUAAAGUUUCACCAGAUAAAGAGUUGGAUGAGGAUUCGGAGUACACCUUAGCCACAGAUUUUGAAAUUGGUCAUUUCUUCCGGGAACGAAUCGUACCGAGAGCAGUUUUGUAUUUCACAGGAGAAGCUCUGGAGGAUGAUGAGAGUUUUGAGGACGAGGAACUGGAUGAAGGUGAAGAGGAGGACCAAGAUGAGGAGGAUGAAGAUGAUGAGGAGGAGGGAGAGUUAGAUUCAAAGGUAAGAAAGAAAUGUCAUGAAUCCAUUCCAGAUUGGUGCUGUCAUGCCUCCGCCUCCACACAACACCCCCACCCUCCGCCCCCCAUCUUCAUCCCUGUCCAUAUGUCUGCUAUCCCAUGCCCACAGCAACCCUGUAACAUUGGACUAAACUAGAGGUCGACCGAUAGUGGGUUUUGCCGAUAACUAAGGUGGUGGAAAAGGCUGAUAACCAAUUAAUUGGCCGAUAGUUUUUAAAAUCAAUUAAUAGAAUGUAAAUUGGGGGGGGGGUCUCAAUGUGACUGGCACAGACACAAGAGUCAAAGAUGAAAAAUUCCCAGAUACAGUAUAUUGUUUACCAAAAUCCCAAUAAUAAUAAUAAUAUAAUAAAAAAAAAAUGAAGAUUUGGUGCAGAAUAUGAACCUUUUAAUUAUAAACAAGCCCAUAACACAUCGGGGACUCUUAUUUUGAAAUGACAGUGACGUGGCUCCGUUACAAGGCUCUGUACUCAAGUAUUAACAAAAUUAAGCUUUUUAUACCCUAAAUAUUCACCAGAUGAAGGUUUUUGUAUAUACAGUACUGUGCAAAAGUCUUAGGCGCAUUAUAUUUUUCACAGAAACAUUUGUCUUAAAAUGGUUAUUUGGUAUAUUCUGCUUUUAAUGUAUCAGUAGGAAAUAUCAGUUUUAGAUUUCAACAUUCCGUUUGCAAAUAGAUUGAAUAGAAGAAGAACAAAGAGCCCUACAACAGCUGGUAUGGCCCCCACAGGGCCCGGAUCUCAACAUCAUUAAGUCAGUCUGGGAUUACAUGAAGGGACAGAAGCAACUGAGACAGCCUAAAUAGAUAGAAGAACUGUGGCAAGUUCAUCAAGAAGCUUGAAACAUCCUAUCUGCCAACAACCAAGAAAAACUGUGUCCAAGUGCACCUAGGAGAAUUGGUGCUGUUUUAAAGGCAAAGGUGGUCACACCAAAUAUUGAUUUAGCCUUUUUAUGUUUACUGGACUUUGUAUGACAUUCAUUGCUAAAUGAAAACUAUUAAUGGCCUUAUUUUUGAAGACAUCCUCACUAUGCAACAUUUUUCACAAGUGCCCAAAACCUUUGUACAGUACUAUAUAUAUUUCACCAGAUGAUGUUUAAAGAGGAAUAAGGUUUAUUAUUAUUAUUAUUCACAAGAUAUGAAGUUGGAGACAAUGUAUGUGCUGACGGGGCAUCGCAUUUUUCUUUGCAUGCCCUCGCUUCAUUUUAAAACACUUGAUUAUCUUAUGAAAAUAACAAAAUAUGUAUUGAAGUGAUGCUAAAAAUAUGGAGGAAUAUUGUCAGUGAUUAAAGACUUAGAUAUAGCACAUCUCUGGCCACAGAACAAUCAUCAUCGAUUUUUGUAGAUAACCAAUAGUUCCAGAAAGCAACUAUCGGCACUGAUUACUCAGUAAAACUUAUAUAUCAGUCUACCUCUAGACAAAACCACUCAUUUCAUGUAAUUAAUGCCUUGCCCAACAUCUCAGUACAUGACUGUAAAAGAAAAGAGUUUGUCUUUUGUUUGCCUUUUGGUGAGUCAUCCAAGUCAUCCAAGGUUUCUCUUCCAUGAGCAGGAAAGUUUCAUGAUUGCUAUGUUGUAGAAUUUGGGACAAGGUCCUUCCAUCCAUUUAGCUUUUUCUGUAUACCCUGUUUAUAGAAUCUUACUUAACAGAUUUUGUUAGUAUUUAAUCAUUAGCGUCUCGGCAUCCUCUUUGGAAUUCAUACAUUUUAUUAUACAUAAAAAUGUAACUUAUUUCAUAUCUGCCUAUGCAGGGUGAUACUAAACCACCAGGUACUGACACUGAAGACUCAAUGUGUCUCAUUCCCUAACCCUGCAUAUGCACAUAUUUGUGUGUUAAACCUGUGUGCGAAUGUUUUCAUGCCUUUAUCAUGAUUCAUAUAUAAGUUAACACUCAGGAGUUUCAACUGGUUUUGAAAAUGGCACACUUGGAUCUCCUCAAAUCUUGCUGCAGAUGCUCUUAAACAUAAGCACGUCUUUGGAGCGUGUAAGAAUAUGUUUGCAGAGAGUGAUGAAUGGCCGUACUGAUGAAGUUGAUUAUGCUAAUUGCUAACUGUGAGAAUGCACUCCCUUUUUUAGAAAAAUCUGGAUUGAUCAACAUUAGAAAAGGGGUAAGAGCAAAUGCACCUGUGAAUCCAGCUGAAUUUUAGCCUUAAAAACAAUUGUGUGCAAUUAUUAAAGGGAUAGUUCAACCAAAAAUGAAAAUUCUCUCAUUAUUUUAUGGCAUCCAAGAUGUUUAUGACUUUCUUUCUUCUGCAGAACACAAAUGAAGAUUUUUAGAAGAAUAUUUCAGCUCUGUAGGUCCAUACAAUGCAAGUGAAUGGGUGCCAAAAUUUUGAAGCUCCAAAAUACAAUAAAAGGCAGCAUAAAAGUAAUCCAUAAGACUCCAGUGGUUAAAUCUAUGUCUUCAGACAUGAUAUGAUAGGUGUGAGUGAGAAACAGAUCAAUAUUAAGUCAUUUUUAGCAUAAAUUCUCCUCCCUGCCCAGUAGAGGGCAAUAUGCAUGAAGAAUGUGAAUCACUAAAAACACAAGAAUGAGAAAGUGUAGUAAAUUGGAGAUUGACUGAGCAGGGAGGGGAAUCUAUAGUAAAAAAUUAAGAAGAAAAAAAAAGACAUAAUAUUGAUCUGUUCCUUAACCACUAGAGUCCUGUGGAGUACUUUUAUGUUGCCCUUAUGUGGAUUUUGGAGCUUCAAAUUUUUGGCAUUGUAUGGACCUACAGAGAUGAAAUAUUCUUCUAAAAAUCAGAUAAAAUAAAUUAAUCCAUAUCUGGGAUGGCAUAAGGUUGAGUAAAUGAUGAGAGAUUUUUUUUGUUUUUUCAUUUUUGGGUGAACUUUCCCUAUAAUGAAUGUGCUGGAUUUACUGCUUGGUUUCUAUAAAUGUUUUUGAGUUUUGAGUUCUUAAAAUGUUAGUAUGUUUUCAUAGUAAAUCAAACUCUUAUUUCGAAAGAUCAAGAACAUUUUUAUUCCUGAUGUUAAGACCCCAUUAAUAAAAAUAAAUGCUUCAGGCAUGGCACAUUUUCUCCUGAAGGAUCAAGCAGUGGUGAAAUGUGCUAUCUUCCCAUUUAGUGGUGUACAGUAUCUGCAGGACCACCUCACCCUCUUAUCCUAACUAAUAGCUACAUUGUUCACAUUUUUGUUCCUACAUAGAUCAACGGAGAUGUGUUACUGUAAAUGUGCUUUCAUUAGCCAUUCUGCUGAGGUGAAGAUAUACAAUAUCUCCCUGGUUAACCCUCCCUUUUCUCUGAUGCUGCUUCUGCCUCAAGUUGCAGUCAUAAAGUUAUUCUUACUUGAUAAGAAUUUCUUCCUUCCCCUCCAUCCCUCUCUUACAUCACUUUUUUCAGAGUGUGGAUCCUCAGCCUCCAGAAUGCAAACAACAGUAGUUUGGACUGCUCACUCCUGACACUGUUAGUCCCCAUCAGCUCGCUAGUGCUGCGUGUAGUCUCAGCUGAUUACACCAUCCUCACAAAACAACCACAAUGAUGCAAUACAUUGGAAAGAAAACAAGUUUUUUUUUUUUUUUCAAAUAUUGCUUAUUUCAAAACUCAACUGCUAUAGUACAACAGCACUAUAAAUAAAUUGGGCAAUUCCAUGCGGUCUGCCUCAGAAUGUAGAUUUAUAUAAAAAUAAAACAAAACUAUUUUUGAAUUCAUGAUUUAGGCCUUGGUUUUGGAAUGCAGACAUAUUUUGAGCAUAUCUAUUUAUGUACAUUUUGAACAAAGCAGCAUGUUUAUGCACUUAUUUAUUAAGAGAAGUGUGUGGACAAUUACUAGCUAGCUUACCAACCAACCAAUGCAUCAAUGAUACCUUGCAGGCAAGUAGGUAGGUAAUCCCUACUUGAGUAAUUUGUAUUUAAUCAUAUCAGGCCUCUUUACAAUGUGGAUGACAUUUUACAGCAUUUGUCUAACAUUUCCAUCUUUGACUUGCCUCUUGAACAUCACGAUUAAAAACAAACUCUGCACUUUGUAUUUGUUUAUGUAUAUACUGUUUGUAUUUAAAUAUAAGUUUCUUCCAUACUGCUGGAAUUGCUCAAUUUAGAAAUUAACAAUAGCAAAUGGCAGUAGUCUACUGGCAUUGGUCACUGAAUUCUGAGACGACUGCAGAUGAUUAUAUUUCCUGGAGGUCACAUCCCCAAGGCUGUUUUUUGAAAAACAAUGUCACAUCCCAAAGUUAUCUGUUUUAUUUUGUGACUGGAUCUUAUAGGUUACUCAGGGUUUUUUAUGCCAAGAUGACAGUGUACGAGUAUCCAGCAUUGUGAAAACUGUUGAUAUUAAAUCUAACCUGCAAAAUGUUCUCUUUUGCCUUGUAAAGGAAGGUUUUUUUGUAUCUAGUUUUACUUAAGAGUUAUUUAAAUUAUUUUCUUCUUUUCCAUUAUUUUAUUAUUGUUUUGAACACAGUGUAUUGGUCUUGUGCUUCUUGGUGGAUCCCUGAGAGAAUAUGUUUAGCAGAUGUAUGUACUGUACUGUAUCCAGUUGAUUAUAGCCCCUUGUAGCAUUUUUAAAAUGCUUUUGCUGUACUGCCCAAGCACUUACUAAAAAAUUAAACAUGUUUAUUGCAAAUAA